AAAAGGCUCACAAAGGAUAGCCUGGUUGCUGACCAGGCAAGGGCAAAAUAGCUGAUGCCCACGCCGGUUGCCAACAUGACAAACAUAAGACACCAGAAGUUUGCUGCCGCUCGUAAUUGUGCAAAGUCGCCCCAGAGCUGGAAGAGGGUUACCAGGUUCGCAAAGAGGGGUCGUCGAAUGUGAAAACGUACCUCCUCCUCCCAAAGCCCCAAGUGCCAUGAUGAGAUACCAAGGCCAGUGGCACAUCUGUU